CAGGUUCCCCUUCUGUGGUGACCACAGCUCUGUCACCCACGGCUUCCUGUUGGGGCUUCCUUGGCCUCACCCCCCAGUGUGGGCCAUUUCCUUCCCUGCCAGAGGGACCUGAACCCGGGCUCCUGCCCUGGCCGGUGCAGACAUGGUGUCCCUGCUGCUGCUGCCCCUGCUCUGGGGGGGGUCCCUGCAGGAGGAUCCAGGGUUCGAGCUCCGAGUGCAGGACUCGGUGACGGUGCAGGAGGGUCUGUGUGUCCAGGUGUCCUGCUCCUUCUCCUACCCCUGGAGCUCGUGGCCUUCCACUGGGAUGCCCUACAUGAACUGGUUCCGGGUUGGGGACAGCUCAUACAAACGUUAUCCUGUGGCUACAAACGACCGAAGGAAAACGGUGAAGACAGAGACCCAGGGCCGAUUCCACCUCGUUGGGAACUCCUGGGACAACAACUGCUCCCUGAGAAUCAGAGAGGCCAGGAGGAGUGACCAGGCAGUCUACGAGUUCCAAGUGGAUACAGGAGACUACAGGAAAUAUACUUACAGAGAUAAGCAGCUGGCCCUGCAGGUGACAGCCCUGACACAGAAACCCGACAUCCACUUUCUGGAGCCCCUCAAGUCUGGCCAUCCCACAAACCUGACCUGCAGUCUGCUGGGAUCCUGCGAAGAAGAAAGAUCUCUCACCUUCUUCUCCUGGGUGGGGGGUGCUCUUGACUCACUGGACCCCCGGACCCUCAGGUCCUCGGUGCUGACCCUCACCCCGAGGCUGCGGGACCACGGCAGCAACCUCACCUGUCAGGUGCAGCUGUCAGGAACUCAGGGCACCGUGGAGAGAACCAUCAGUCUCAAUGUCUCCUGCCCGAAGAUGCUGAACAAUGGGACGUCACUGCCUGUCCUGGAGGGCCAGUCCCUGCGCCUGGUGUGCACGGCUGACAGCAACCCCCCUGCCAGGCUGAGCUGGUCCCGGGAGGGAAAAGCCCUGAGCCCGUCCCAGCCCUCAGGGGUCCUGGAGCUGCCCCAUGCAGGGGUGGAAGAUGAAGGGGAAUUCACCUGCCAGGCUCAGCACCCGCUGGGCUCCCAGCACUUUUCCUUCAGCCUCUCUGUGCAGAGAAGCCCCUCUGCCUGCAACUGUGUGACUGAGAAGCAGGUAGGCUCCUGGCCUCUAAUCCUCACCCUGAUCAGAGGGGCCCUCAUGGGGGCUGGCUUCCUCCUCACCUAUGGCCUCGCCUGGAUCUACUACAGCAGGUGUGGAGGCCUCCAGGGAGCGAGGCUGAGAGUCUUGACGGAGCCUCCCUCCUCCUCAACACGGGACUGAGGUGUGGACCUGGAGCCCAGGGGGACAGAUCGGGGAUGUCACGGCCAGCUUCCUCUUGGAACCUCUCAACUCAAACCUCAGUUGUACCGCCGGGAGUUUAAUUAGGGGAGGUGAAUGAGCGAUGACGUGGAGAGGCCAACAGCAUCAGAAAGUUACUACUUUCCCAAGGAAACGUGGCAUGCCACGCCACCACAUUUUGGUUGGGAGGCAGAAGCAGGUGCAGGGGAAGCCUCGCAAGAGCCUUUCCUGGGGUUUGCGUGGGAAAGGCAAGGCCAGAAGUGCAACUCAGGAUCAGCUAGUUGGAGUAAUUCUGGGGGGCUUUGGCCUAUAAGGGUGGUUCUAGUUGUCUGGUACCUGUCUUCGGGGAUUUCGGGCAGGGGCGAUGGUGGCCUGGUGUGUGCUUAGAGAAAAAUGGUGUCUGGGGGCGCCUGGGUGGCUCCGUUGGUUAAGCAGCUGCCUUCAGCUCAGGUCAUGAUCCCGGGGUCCUGGGAUCCAUCCGGCUCCCUGCUCAGCGGGGAGUCUGCUUCUCCCUCUCCCCUGCCCCUCCCCCCUGCUGUGCGCUCUCUCUGCCUCUCUCUCUCUUUCUCUCAAAUACAUAAAAUCUUUUUAGAAAGGGGGUGUUUGGGGGACACGGGCUGGGAAUUGGUUGGUUUGGUCUGAAAGGUGGGCUCCUGGCAGAGCACUGUGCCAUCUUUAAGAGCUGGCUGGCCCUGGGAGGCGCCGUCUCUCCCCAGAUGGCAAGCUUUUUAAGAUAAAGGAAAUAAAAAAUCUGACUAAUACACACCUUCACUGAUGUCCCCUGUUUCUGCCUAUGCCAGUCUCCAUCGGCUCAGCUUGCCUCUCUUUGCUGGAGCUGCCCACCCAACCCCUCUCACCUUCCUCUUCUCCAUCCCCAGCCCUGCCCUUUGAAGGAAGUUCCCCAGGCUUACUUCCCCUGACCCAAAAGUUACCUGCUUAACCCUUGAGUUUCUGGUCAGAGUCACAAAUACAGCUUUUCCUUCCCAGAUGAAAGACACCUACCUCAUAAUAAUUACUACAGAACAUCACACUUACUUAUAAACAAAAGUUUUAUUAAAAAUGCAACAUAAAAAUUGGUUUUAUUGUUUAAUGUCUCUGUGGAAGUUUCUAGAGAAGAAUUACGUCUUAAUCUUCUAUCCUUUUUUGUGGAACAUGUUCCGAAGAUGACUUUUUAUUUAUUCCUUGUGUUUGGAGGUCUAACUUAAAUUGAUUAAAUAAUCAGAUCUAA